AUGGCUGUCGAUGAGUACGAUGCUGAUGCUACGGAGCUUUUGGAAGCGUACGACUUCUUGAUGAAGUACAUUAUCAUUGGAGAAGCCGGAACGGGGAAGUCGUGUCUAUUACAUCAAUUCACACACAAUUCUUUCAAGGAACAUUCACAACAUACAAUCGGGGUUGAGUUUUCUAGUCGUACUGUAAAUCUUGGGGAAAAACGGAUCAAACUACAGGUAUAUGAGAUUUCGUCGUCUUUUAUAUGUCGUGUGCCUAACAAGUCGAAGUUAUGGGAUACGGCGGGGCAAGAGAGAUUUAGAUCUGUAACACGGAGCUAUUAUAGAGGAGCGGCGGGCGCAAUACUUGUGUAUGAUAUCACGAGCCGUGCCUCAUUCGCAAACCUGUCACAAUGGCUAGCAGAUGCGCGGGCUCUGGCUAGUCCACAUCUUGUAACCGUCCUUGUUGGGAAUAAGUCAGAUCGGGAAGAGGACCGAGAAGUAGAGUGGGCGGAAGCGAGUAGAUGGGCAGCCGAGAACAACGUACACUUCCUUGAGGCCUCAUCUCUGACGGGAGACAAUGUGGAGGCCCCCUUCCUGCUCUGCACAAGGUCGAUACUGCUUGCCAUAGAAUCUGGCUCCCUCGACCCGGAGAAGGCUGGAAGUGGUGUCAGCUAUGGUGCCCGAGCUCUGCGCAGGGUAAAUAGCUCUAGCCGGCUUAGCUUCGGAAGCCUCAGUGGCAACCGGCGGAAGAGUACUAUCAAACUUCGGCUACCUGGGACUGGUGGUAAAUGUUGUUGA